GCGGGAAGAGCGGGACCUGCGGCAUGGCGGCGGGCGAGGGCGGGGCCGACCCACUGCCCCCGCCCUCCCCCUUCCCACCGGGCCCCGAGCGCGCCCUGGAAGAGGCGGCGGCCUCGGGGAAGCUGAGCCUGGCCGGGCGGCACCUGCGGCAUUUCCCCGGCGGAGCGGCCCAGCGGUGGGACCUCAGCGACACCACGCAGGCCGACCUGUCUCGGAACCGUUUUGCGGAGGUGCCCGAAGCCGCUUGCCACCUGAUGUCCUUGGAAGGGCUGUGUUUGUACCACAACUGCCUACGCAGCAUCCCCCCAGCCAUCGCCAACCUCCAAGCCCUCACCUACCUGAACGUCAGCCGAAACCAGCUCACCGCUCUGCCUGCCUGUCUUUGCCGCUUGCCCCUGAAGGUCCUCAUCGCCAGCAAUAACAAGGUGGCCAGCCUGCCUGACGAUAUUGGCGCCCUCCGCAGCCUCCGCCAACUGGAUGUCGGCAGCAACGAGCUGCAGUUUCUCCCAGCGAGCAUGGGGGGCCUGGAGUCUCUUCGGGACCUCAGUGUUCGGAGGAACCAGAUUGCCGUCCUGCCUGAAGAACUGGCUGAGCUCCCGCUGGUGCGGCUCGACUUCUCCUGCAACCGUGUUGCACACAUUCCUGUCUGCUACCGUCGCCUGCGCCACCUGCAGUGCAUCCUGCUAGAAAACAACCCCUUGCAGUCCCCACCGGCACAGGUUUGCUUGAAAGGCAAAGUCCACCUCUUCAAGUACCUCCACCUCGAGGCCUGCAGCAGGGCCAGGCUGGACCUGGGGGAAUUCGCCCGAGGAAGCUGCCCCACUGGUGUCCUGGAGGAAUUCUACCCUGUGCGGCACUACGGUGGCCUUGACUCCGGCUUCAACAGUGUUGACAGUGGAAGCAAGCGGUGGUCAGGAAAUGAGUCAGCGGACGAGUUCUCGGACCUCUCCUUCCGCAUCGCGGAGCUUGCCCGGGACCCCCGGCAGCUGAAAGAGAAGUGCAGCGGGGGGGCAGCUGAUGCCCACGAUUGGGAACAGAUCGACUAUAUUGACAGCAGCGUCAACGGCGAGGAGGAGGAGGAGGAGGAGGAGCUGCAGAAGCCUGGAAGGAGCGGCCUCCAGAAAGCAGGUGCUGCAGAGCAGGGCCAGAGCGGCAGGGCCUGCAGUGGAGCUAGCUUGUCCAGGCCGGAGCCGUCUGGAGAGGAGCGCCGCCGCCCCGAGAUCUUGCAGCUGUGGCAGGAGAGGGAGCGCCAGCAGCAGCUGCAGCAGCAGCAGCAGCCACGGACCCCGUGGAGUCAGGGACGAGAGAAGCGGGACAGUGGCCUGGCCGAGAACUGCAGCAGCCUCUCCCAGCUGAAGCAUCGCAGCAGCCAGGGAGCUGAGCAGCUGGCUGGUUCCCCCAGACAAGCCCUGCACCAUGGGGACCCUUCUCAGCCACAGAACUCUACAGCUGCAGCCUACCCAUCCUCCCGUGAGCCCAGCUUCAUGCAGAAGCCCACCAGCUUCCUUUUCCGCUCCUCGUCCCGGAACAGCGUCCAGCGGGGCUCCGGGUUCUCCUGGUCUGAGCCGUACCCUGCUGAGCCCAACGGCCCUGUGAGGCUGCGUGCUGGAUCACAGGCCCUGGAGGAAAGAGCGCUCACCCUUCAGCUGCGCCAGGCAAUCGAGUCCCGGCUGAAGAUCACGCUUGCUGAGGACCUGGGCGAGGCGCUGGCCAAUGGGGUGAUCCUAUGCCAGCUGAUCAAUCAGCUGCGCCCACGUUCGGUGCCCUUUGUCCACGUGCCCUCGCCAGCUGUGCCAAAACUGAAUGCCAUCAAAAGCCGGAAGAAUGUGGAGAGCUUCUUGCAGGGCUGCCGCCACCUGGGGGUGCCAGAGGUGUCCCUCUGCUCUGCCUCUGACGUCCUGCGCGGCAACAGCCACAGCUUGCUUCGCCUCCUCCAUGCCCUGCCGGGUCUUGGUCCAGGGGUGGGGGUGGCGCCUCUGGCUGCCGCCCCCCUGUCUGAGCACCUGGCAGGCUUCGGCGUCUUCUACGUCUCUGUCAUGCUGCUGCUGUAUCUCGCCUAUCGCAAGCUCUGUGGCUUCUGAGGGGCAAGGGUGGUCUGUGGCCCAGACGUUGCUGGCCCUGGGGGGCCUGCCUGGCUCAGUGGCCUUCAGAGGAGGCGGCUGUCCUUUGGGAGCCUGGCCUUAGAUGGAGCCUGCCGGUGCCUCUUGCUCGAACUGGCCCCAUGGCUGCUGGGGCGUCCCAGUUGGGUUUUGCCUAGACUUGCACAGGGAAAAAUGGGCCUCAGGAGGCAGCAGUCCCUCAGCACACAAAAUCCCCCCUCCCUUUGCUAGCCAGGAGGGGCUCUGAGCGAUUGUGCAUCGAAAGCACUUAUUGGCUGUGCCCCCCCCCUUCCAGGCCAGCUCCCUUGCAACUGUGCUCAGGCAUAUCUGGGCCUUGUCCCUUCUCAUUCCAGGGCUGGGCCAGGUCAGAUGCCAUAAAUCUUCUUGCCCUAAGAAAGCUGCCACAGGCGCUUCUUCUCUCAACCAGGUGCACUUAAGUUGCAUUGCACUAAUUCAUGAGUGCCUGCAGUGUGGGUGUGUGUGGAGGGGUGUCGUUGUGGCAAGGAAACCGGUCCCCAAUUGUGGGCACUUGCGUUUCCGGGAAGCGCAGUCCUGCCUGCCCAUGCUGAACUGACUCACACCCCACCCCACCCUCCUUUCCCCACGGUAGCUGAGCUUCCUUCCGAAGGCCGGCGUUCUUGGGCCUUGCCUGGACAGCCACAGGCACUCCACUUUUGACUGCUUGAGGCUGCUGUCUCUCGCUCAGGUUAUAACGGGCCUCAGUAGUUGUUUCAUGGUUCUAAACCAAAUAAAACCCUCUUUGGCCGCAGGAAGUGGCCCCCUCCCAUGCUGGGGGAAAUCUUUAUAGAUGUUGCGGGUUUUCUUCAGGCGUUCAGGGGUCUCUGCUGUGCUAGGCACUGACUGACCGGCACCUUCGGCUCAGUUCCCACUCUUCACUGUCCGGCGCCAGCUCGUGGAGUUCGCGUGGUCAGGGCCAAGGGGUGUCUCGGGGUGGGCUGACACUGCCCGCCUUGGUGAAAAGUCCCCCCCCCCGUCUCUGCCAUCUCCUGAACACUCCCGGCUGGCACUGCCCUACAGUACUUGGCUGCAUUACAGGCCUCGAUGCCAACUCGCCACUGUCAUUUAAAUGUGCAAUUUAGAGGGAGCAGAGGAGAACGGAGGUGGCAGGGACACGUCUGAAAUGGCUUGAGGGGGUUUAGCUCCACCUGAAACCCUUUUGCUGUGCUUUGCAGCUACAGCUGCCCUCCGUCGGGGCAGCCCUCUGUGCUCCUUUGUUGGCGAUGCCCCACAGAGCAGCCACUGAACAGAAAUGCCUUAAUCUGCUCCCAAGGAGAAGCUUCCUUCCUCCAGGAGGGCCUCCCAAAGCUGCUCUCUUGUGGGUCUUCUGGGUCCUCUUUCCAAACCCCGAUCCCGUCGCCCCCCCCUUGCUGCCUUAAACACACUAAAUUAUACAUAUAUAUAUUUUAUAUAUACAUACAUGCAUACAUACAUAUAUAUAUAUAUUUGAAGAGAAGAAAAUUAUGGGCUAUUGUAAAGAUUUUAUUUUUAAGCAUGUACAGAAUUGUAAAUAUGUUGAUUUCUAUUUAUCCUGUGUUCCUCCUUUCAGGAUGGAAUUCUUCUAAAGGGCUCUAGUUUUCUUUUCAGUUUCUGGCUGUAAAUUCACUUUCGUGUGUGUGUGUGUGUGUUGGCUUCUGUUAUGUUCUUCUUUAAAAAGUUCAUCUGUUUGUUUUGCUUCUGUACAUUGUGAAAUGCAAAGAAAGAAUUUUUUCCAAAGCCGA